GAGAGCGAGAGCGACAGAGUAAGGAGGAGGGGAUGAAGGGAAAAGCAAGUAGCAAAAAAUCAGAUUUCAAAGCAAAAGGACAUCAGGUGUCUAGACUUAAUACAGGAGCAGAAACAGAGGAACACUGGAAAACAAGGAAAAGAAAAGGAUAAAGAAAAUGAAAACAAGCUCUUCUUCUGAAGGACGGUCUGCAGAACUCAAACCCUGAGAAACAGGUGAAUACUGAACGCGUCCGAUAACUGCGUGUGUGUACGUCUGUUUGCGCACGAAGUGUGUGCGAGCAAAUUAUAGAAGAACAACGGCUGCUAAAACACCUCGGAACACGAGAGAUGGAGGGAGGAGAGGGGAGGAGAGCCGGAGAAGGAAGCGGCCGGCUGUCGGCCUUGCAGGAGCAGCUGGUGUGGUCUCUGCUGGGCUCGGGACUGUCCAAAGAGCUGCUGAUCCAGGCCAUGGGAGACCUGGAGAGAGAACGGGGCUCGGCCGGUGGAGAGAGAACGGACCGGGCCGACGGAGAGAGCUCUGAGGAGGGAGAGAUGGACAAUCCUCCUCCCAUCUUCCAUGAUUUAGAGAGACUUCCACCGGAGGAGGCCGCCAGGCAACGGGCUGAAGUCGACCAGCUGUUGCAACAGGAUCCCUGGCAUGUGGCUAAAAUAGUGAAGAGUUACAUGCAGCAGCACAACCUACCACAGAGAGAGGUGGUGGAGUCCACGGGCCUCAACCAAUCCCAUCUCUCCCAGCACCUCAACAAGGGCACACCCAUGAAGAACCAAAAGCGUGCCGCCCUGUACAGCUGGUACAUCAAGAAACAGACAGAGAUCAGCCAACAAUUCACCAAUGCCAGUCGCGGUGUCAUGUCAGGAGAGGAAUCCGGGGAGGAUGUGAGAAAGGGACGGAGGAAUCGAUUCAAAUGGGGUCCUGCCUCCCAGCAAAUCCUGUUCCAGGCUUAUGAACGACAGAAGAACCCCAGUAAGGAGGAGAGGGAGGGACUGGUGGAGGAGUGCAACAGAGCGGAGUGUCUUCAGAGGGGAGUUUCUCCUUCUCAAUUGGCUGGCCUGGGCUCUAAUUUGGUCACGGAAGUUCGUGUAUACAAUUGGUUCGCGAAUCGGCGAAAAGAGGAGGCCUUUCGCCACAAACUAGCACUGGACGUUCCCUACAGCAGCCAAUCUGCUUCCUCCACAGGACAAACAUUAUCAUCUAGUCCUUCACCAGGUCUGAAGUACAGCCAGUCAGUGCUGUGUGAGAGUUUGGGCACAAUGAGAAGCUCCAGUGGUGAAGAUAGGGGUGGUGGCGGUCGUCUCGCCAGUCCAGUUCAGCUAGAACCCAGUCAUACACUCCUGGAUGCACACCAUCUUAAACCAGUAUCUGGUGGUGGCUCCUUACCUCCUGUUAGUACUCUCACUUCAUUGCAUGGAUUGUCCGGAUCCUCCGCUGCCCCUCCAGGACUGAUCAUGGCCUCCCUACCAAGUGUAAUGAGUCUAGGAGACUCCUCACUUCUCAUAGGUUUGACGUCCUCUCAACCACAGACCGUCAACAUGGGGGGAGGGUUUACUACCCUUCAGCCAAUCUCGUUUCAGCAGCAGCUUCAAGGCUCACCUCAGCAGCCAAUAGCACAGCAGCUCCAGUCGCACAUUGGCCCAAGCUCCUUCAUGGCAACAAUGGCACAGUUCCCAUGCCACAUGUAUAGCAAAGCAGACCUGAGCUCUUACCCCUCCUCCAAUCUCCUGUCCCAGGCUAUGGUCAUCGCAGACAGCAACAGCAUUGGGACACUGACUAACCUCACAGCUGUUCGACAGAUUCUCACCUCAGAUCCUGAGGGUCACACAGACACUCCCAUUGAAGAGGAGUCUUUACAUCUGCAAUCCACUUCACCAGAACCAGUGUCUUCGGAUAGUUUGGAGCUCUACCCUCAGACCCAGACAAGUGAAACCCAUCCUUCACACCUGCUUUCCUCUUCACCAGGGGACAUCGACCCGUACAUCCCUACACAGAUGGUCUCUACUGCACAAUAGCUGCAGCUACUGAUGACAAUACCACUUCCAAAAGCUGCUGAGAGCAAACAGACAACAAUGAAAAACUAAAAAAAAAACAAUGAUCUGUCCUGCUAUAUUGCUAUCUGCUGCCUACCCAUGCUAAUGAUGAUGUUUUUUCACAAAUCCUUCAAUUAUGCUCAAUAAAAGGACAGUCAAGUUUUAAUUUAAAACAAA